UGUGUGUGUGUGUGUGCGCGUCUCUCUUUCGCAUGUGUGUGUGUGAGUGUCUGACCGAGAAACUCAAAACUAAGCCAGCCACGUCGGCUGCAUUUCAUUGAAACGAACUUCAAACUGUCACAACAACAACAACAACAGCAACAACAAAUAAGUAUUGUGUGUGUGCGUGUGUGUGUGUGCGCGUGAUAUGGUCAAAAUGGCCAGCGAGGAGACGGUCACGGAAACCGUCCACACAGAUAGAACCGAAUUGUCCCGAUUUGGUGAAUUCUGCCAGCGACGAGGCAUAAAUCCAAAUUUGAUUAUGCUCAAGAUAACGCUCUUUGUCAUGUACGGAGCCACUUCAUCACUGCUACCCUAUUUGACGAUACACAUGCAGUCGAUUGGAUUGACGGUGGAGGAGAUUGCGAUUAUCUAUUUGGCGCUGCCGUUUACAACCUUCCUCAGUCCACCGAUAACAGGUUUUCUCGUUGACAAAUUUGGCAAAUAUAAACCAGUCGUUGUGAUGAGUCUUCUGCUGAAUGCAAUUUUCCAUCAUUCGCUGCUCUUCAUUCCGCAGCAGGAGAUACCAGGAGUGGUGCCAUCUGCGUUCGUAUUGCGACAUCCGGACAGUGGCGACAUCGAGGUCUGGUGGUCGCCUUGCCCCAGCAGGGAGUGCCCCGAGGAGCCCGAACUGGAUUUGGCUGUCCAUGAAUGCGUCGACUAUUGUCUAAUGCAGGAGCAAGUUAAUCCACAACUUUACACUGAAUUGCCGGAUCCAGACAAGUUCGCAGCAAGGACAACGACACCAACAACAACAACAACAACGGUGGCAACUUCAACUACAACUGCGACUAGGAUAUUAUCCAAUACGGGCGAAAUCGAAACGAGAGAGCCAACAAUGCUGACCACUGUGCCACCAUCGACGACAUCAUCGCCCGCAUCCUCGUUACCAGCACUAUUUGCAACGCAAACGAGAAGCAGAUACCAAGAUGCACUUAAUAUGUCAUCGACCAUGUUCCCGCCACUGGAGAACGUUUCUGCAAUGUCCUUGCUGCAAUCGCCCCCGACAUCAUUAUCAUCAGCUGAAUUGCCAGCCAUGUCCAUGCAGGGAUUGAAUCCUUCCACAGUGGGCACUGUCAACAACAGCAGCUGGGUGCAUUCGGAAAAUGAGGGUGCCACAUACUUUAUGCUGCAAAUGCAUCCAGAUUUGGCGGAUCCCACGGAACAGUUGGGCAUGGAAAUCGAGCAGGAUGACAACGAGACGGUCACCGAUAUUAGGCAACGAUUCGGCGAGGAUAGACUUAUUAAAAUGCAAAUCAAUCUCACUGAUAUGGACGACCUGGAUUUGCGCUGUGGUGGCUUGGUGAGACGCACAAACAUAUCCUAUGUAAACGCCGGAGCCGUAAAGUGCAUGAUGCAACGUUGCACGUUCACAAUGAAUGCACCAGAGAUUUGUCCGCCGGACUACAAGGAAACAGAUGACACAAUAUUCUGGGUAUACUUUCUGCUGCGAUUCCUGGCAACAACUAUGUUGUCGGCUGGUGUCACCAUUAUGGAUCCCAUAGCUCUCACAAUGAUUGAGAAAUAUGGCGGAGACUUUGGACGCGAACGCUUGUUCUCCAGCAUUGGCAUGGCCAUCUUUUCGCCCAUCACCGGCAUUAUGAUUGACUAUUCAUCCCGUGGAUUGGGCUACACAGACUACUCGGCUGCAUUUUAUACAUAUGAUGUGCUGCUUGUCAUAUCGACAAUGUCCGUUCUAAUGAUGCCGCUGGGCGAGAAGCUGCCGGCGGAUAAUGUCUUUCGGGAUUUGUGGAAUCUAUUGAAAAUGCCGCACGUGAUAGCGUUCAUCUGUUUUCUGUUUGUCCUCGGCAAUUUCUGGGGCUUUAUCGAGAGCUUUCUAUUCCUGUAUCUCAAGGAGCUCGGCGCUCCCAACUACUUGUUAGGCAUUACAAUUACUGUGGGCACCGUGAGCAGCAUACCAUUCUUGUAUGGAGCUGAGAAAAUCACACGGAUCUUUGGGCACGUUAAUUUGAUUAUCAUUGCGUUCUUUUCGCACGCCGGACGCCUCGUGGGAUAUUCGUUUAUCGAGAACGCCUGGUGGUGCUUCCCGUUCGAGGCCAUGGAGUCGCUCUCCUGCCAUUUGAUGUGGGUGGCAGCUGCCACCUAUUGCUCCAUAUUGGCGCCGAAAAGUCUGUUGGCCACGCUGAUUGGCGUACUUGGCAUGGCUCACUUUAGCUUGGGGCGCGGCAGUGGCAGCUUUACGGGUGGCCUGCUGAUUGGACAGUUUGGGACACGUGAUGCCUUCCGCUAUAUGGGACUGCUUGCCGUUGUGGGUGGCAUUGCGUAUGGGCUGCUACAUUUGAUUUGGCUGCGCAAAUUCGAUCACACAAUGGAGGAGUCGGAGGAGGAUGCCGAGGCCGUUGAGGCGGGCGAAACUGAAAAGCUUACCGAGCCAGCGACCAAGGAGCAGGGCACCUCAAUGUCUCUGGAGCGCUUGAGUCUGAUGAUCAAAUACAAUCAAAUUGGCAGUUUGUCAUCGCUGCCGCGCGGCUCUCGGGCCGAUAUACACGACCAUUUGUCGGUGCGACGCAGCAGCUACAAUGUGGAAUCGCUGCGGGGAGUGCCGAAGCAUGGCAACAUUGGCAGCAGUGCCUCCAAAGUGGAUAUUUUGCGUUCGGCGCUCGAAAUUAAUCACAAGUCCUCGAACAAUUCGAUGCUGAGCAAAGCCGAUAACAAAACGUCAAAUCAAUCACUGGGUCGCAAUCGUGCCGACAGUGCGCCCAAAUUGAAUCACAGCAAUCUAAAGAACAUUUCGCAACCCGCCCUCGAGGGUGUCGUUCUGGAGGGCGUGGAAUCAACAUUUUUUCCGAGCCGCAUGAAAAAGUAUCCAAGUGUUUUGUUAACUACCAUACCCGCUGUCGAUUUAUCCGUAAUACCCAGCUCUAUGCUAAUGGAUCAGGAGGGACCGAAGGUAAUACCCGAAGAAACGGAAUUGAAUUCGUCCAAACAAAUUGUGGCUGGCUCUGCGGAGGAGCCGGUCUCAACAUCACAGUCCAAUGCAAACGGAAAUGGGAGUGGAAACGUGAACGGGAAGGGUUCGCAGGAUGAUGACAACUGAUGAGAGUGCAUCAAGCGCCGUAUCCGAAUACUGUGCGUAUGAGUGACAUUAAAAGAAACAAAAUGAAAUUACACAAACCAACAUGAAUAAUGCUUUGUGUGCAUAAAAUGAUAAACUAAUUAUUGUUAGCUGUACAUGUGUUACGAGUAUGUUAAAUAAAUGUUGCAAAUAAAUAAAAUAUAGUUGUUGAGCAGAA